AUGAUCUCCUCACGCCGGAUUGUGCCCCUUCUUGGCUUCGCCUUCAUCCUUUCCGUCCUCUUCACCUUUUACAAUCUCUCCGCACAAUGGGAGCCAGUCCCGCAUUCCGUUGGCCUGAGCAGGCCGGUCAUGACACCCUCAUCCUCGCCAUCAUUGCGUUAUAAUGUCACUCGGGUAUCGGAGGAAUAUCCUACGCGAACGCCAUACGCCGCCAAACCACGCUUUGUUCCCGGGGUGCCCAAGGCUCCUGGCGGGACGUACAGCAAGAUCCUCGUUGUGCCUCAAGCAGAUGGCGAGGACACCAGUUGGAUCGAAUUUGAAUUACCAGAAUGGCAAUCGGCCGUAUACGCCGUCAAUGAUCCGUCGGCUCCCCUGCAUCCACCAAAAAACAAAGGACAUGAGGUAAUGGUCUAUCUGAGCUAUAUCAUCGAGCACUACGACAAACUGCCGGACAUCAUUGCGUUCAUGCACUCCCAUCAAUUCGCGUGGCACAACGAUGAUCUAUUCAAUGGUGACGCAGCUGAAUUGCUGCGACGUCUGAGUCCAGCCUGGGUCGUCAGGCAGGGGUAUGUCAAUUUACGCUGCACUUGGAGUCCUGGCUGUCCGGAUUGGUUGCAUCCGGGUACCUUGGUCGAGGAUCAGACCAAGCAGGAGGAGGUCAUGCUUGCUCGGGCAUGGGGGGAGAUUUUUCCCGAUGACCCGAUACCCGAAGUCCUGUCCCAGCCCUGCUGCGCCCAAUUCGCCGUCUCACGCGAGCGCAUCCUAGCCAUUCCCCGAGCUCGUUUUGUGUACUUCCGCGACUGGAUGCUCCGGACAGAACUCAGUGAUUACAUUUCGGGGCGCAUCUGGGAGUAUCUGUGGCAGGUUGUGUUCACUGGUGAAAAUGUUGUUUGUGUCAAGGAGCAUAUCUGCUACUGCGACGGAUUCGGGAUUUGCUUCGGUGGUGACGACGAGUAUAAUGAGUUCCGUGACCAUAAUACUGCUAAAUCUGACUUAGAAGAGGCGCUUCAGGGGUGGACCGUACGCGCAGACCUGAUUGAGCUCACCAGGAUGCACGGACAGCUGGGUGAAGAAAGCCAUUUAAGCUUCCCUGAGCCUGGAAAGGAUAUCUCUUUGGAGGAACAACUGGAGCUAGAAGAGGCUUUAAUCCUCGAACUAUUCGUCAAUGCUACUGAGCGAGGCCAGGAUCCUAGAGCCCGCGCUGCGGAGGUCGGGAGAAUCGAAAAUCAGCUAGCUGGGUUGGUGGAGGCUGCCACUGCGGCUGCAGGUCAAGACGUCUCGGAAUGGGCUGCGGCCGCGGCGGUCGCGGCUGCAGCUGGGGCAGCUGGAAAUUCACAUCAUCUUGAAGGCUAUGGACCGGAUAUACAUAUGGAUGAUGAUAGCUUCGCAGACACGAGUUUCUCUGCUGGAAUCAACGCCGGGCGGUCCUUGCGAGGCCCUGGAUCCGGUCCGGUGAACGAGCAUAAUCAAACCUCUGGGUUGACCCGAGUUGGCACCAAAAAAAGAAAGAGAAACGAGGACGCUCUUGAUCCGGCAUUGACGAGCGGGACGCAUGUUGGCUUAGCAGGCGACCAGCAAUCACACCACCAUGGUCAUCAUCCGCAACAACAUCAGCAGCCGCAACAGCAUCAUACACAUCAUUACGGUGGAGACGGCUUAGAUCUUCGAGGUGCUCCACAGCAAUCACUAUCUGAAGCUCGUGCGGUAGGCUUGCACUCUGCGGCGGCACUCUUUCGCCAGCCCUCGAGUAAUAAAAAAUACACUCGUCCACCUAUGUCCAAAUUGUUCGCCUCCCUCGAACUCUCUCCAGAGAACUUUUUACAUCUACAGGCAGCGGCUAAAGCAUACAUGCUCGAUGAUCGUCACCCUGAACGACGGGAUUGUGUAGGUCAGCGCGGCAAGGGAGACACAGAAAUGGUUAAGCUGCGGCUCUGGAACUGCGUACGCCAUUUUCUCGAGGGCGAGGGCCAUGGCGAGCGAUUCUUUGGAGAGAAUGUGGUCAACGAGGGCAUGGGGCCCAGGGCAUAUAUCUGGCCUCGGGAUCAACAAAAAAUUAUUGCUUUGGUGAUACCACUCUUGCGGCGAAUGGUGACGAACGAGCGACAGCGUCAGUAUGCCGUCGAGACAAGGAAGGGGGGCGGAGCGGAGGAGCGACGGCGACGAAAGACAGAGGAAAGUCUUCAAAAUCUCAAUGUGCACACGCCUACCGAAGACCACCUUCAGCUUCAGUCUCAGCACCAUCAUCAGCUUCACGAUGAUUAUACUGCGGUGCAGACCCCAAUGUCAGCGUCACACCCGCCCAUGGGCUCCACGCCGCAGGCAGUAGAUCUGGGCUUGACGGAGCUCCUGCUUGACGGGUACACAACCGAUUGGAAUUCAUUCGCCAAAUCCUAUGACACGUACAAUCAGAACUGUGAACUCGACAACCUUUGGUAUUUAUCGGGCCUCCAGCAGCCGGAUUGGCGAGGCUUGGUGGCUGCAGUCGACAGCCAUUACCAGGUCAUUCAUGAUGGUGGCUAUGAUUGUUCUCCGCAGUGUGAGGACGAAAACGUCCAACGCAUAUUAGACGCUAAUGCUACAUCUGAUUUGCGGUGGCGGAUUGGCGGUAACAUACAGCAGCCCGCAAGGAGCGAGUUUGCAAGCAGCAUUACUCGUGACGUCUCGCGCAUCAUCCGCAACAAUCUGGCUACCAAGCAGGAUCCGCAUGCGACGUCCCAUGACCAGGCGUCGGUGUCGCAAUCCCAACACUUUCCGCCUCCCAAUUUCCCACCGAUGUCUGGGCCUGCUUCCGCCGGCAAUGUCAGACAAAUUUCAUCGCCCAUGUCUGUUUGUCUCCGUAUCAACAUUCUUCAAGGUGGCAAACGCACCCACUCCCGGCUUGAUGUUCCCGGUAGCCAGUGCCCUGACCUCGAGACCCUCAGGCAAGUGAUCUCCCGCCGGGUUGCAGGGCAGCUGCCAGGAUUAUCCGAGUCGGGCUUAGACUCAGCUAGCGGUUGGGGCUCAGCACUCAACUGGAGGUUCAAGGUAUGGCUUCCGGACGGAUUAACGACGGUGCAGAAUGACAGCGAUUGGACCAUCGCGCUUCUGUCGGCCGGAAAUGUGGAAUGGAUGGACGGCGACCUGAGAGUCUUGGUAGAUUUUGAGGAAACAUCUUGA